AUGUCGAGCCGUAAACUCGGCGGGGGCCGCAUCCUAGGCAGCGGGAAAGGCUUGGCCCCGCCGAGUGCAGCAGCAGCUUCGCCCGCCGUCCAGCGGGCGACGAGCCCCUACGCGCCCUCGGAUAGCACCCCGUCCGUAGGAGGAUCGAUUGGGGACACCCUCCAGUCGCCCGCCUCCGGCUCCCCCAUCUCGACCAGUCCGCUGCCCGGUUUUGCGCAAGACCUUGCCUCGAACAUCAGCCUCGGCGGCCCCAGCGAUGGCGCCGCUGCGAGCUCGAAGCUGGUUUGCCCUAUCUGUGAGGAGGAAAUGUUGACGCUCCUCCAACUCAACCGCCACAUCGAUGACAACCACCAGGAGCUCCCGGACUUCCAGCAAGACGAGGUCAAGACAUGGUUCGACAAGCAGGUGCUCAAAGCCAAGAAGUUCCAACCCCUCUCCAUGAUCAACCAAAAACUCCGGGGUCUAGACGUCUUUGAGUCCAAUGAGACGUAUACACCACCCGUACCCGCCAAAGAUGGUCCCAGUGCCAAAGCGCCUGCUCUUCUGGAAACACCGUUCGACCCCGACGACAUAAUCACAAAGUCACACUGGCAGCGGUCCGGGGUCAACGACCUUUGCACCGACCCUGCUUGUGGAAGGCGACUGGGCGCGGUCAACGGGAGCAUCAACUGUAGGAACUGUGGACGACUAUUCUGUGAGGAACACACCAUGUAUCAGAUGAAGCUGUCCAGAUCAGCUACUCACGAGCCUAUCAGGGGCUACUGGUACAGGGUUUGUGAGACGUGUUACAAGUCAAGAGACGGCUACAACGACCACAAUGGCUUUAUGAGGGACCAGACUGACGCCCUUGCGGAAAUAAGAAAGAAGAGGGUGGAGCGGCAGACUCUGGAAAUAUCACGGCUGGAGAAGAGACUGUCAAAGCUAACACAGCUGCUGGCAAACCCACCUGAAGAAAUAAUGAAUGGCAGUGCGGGUGCUGGUGGGAGCCUGCUGUCCUCAGUCACGUCUCUAGCCGGCCAGAGAAACCAACGGAAGCUGAUCGAGCAGUCGGUGGUUACGUGGGAGGAGGAUGCCAAAGUGAGCAAAUGCCCCUUUUGCAAACAGGAGUUCGGAUCGUGGAAUUUUAGGAGACAUCACUGCCGAAUAUGCGGACGAGUGGUAUGUGCGGACCCCCAGACAGGAUGUUCAUCUGAGAUCGGCCUAAAUGUCGCAAAUUCAACGGCCCUCUCAUCGGAAAAGUCCAGCGACAAACCGAUAAGCGUGGAUAUACGGAUGUGUCAGGACUGCAAGUUCACAAUAUUCGCAAAACGGGACUUUGUCGACAGCAUCAUACACAAACCCCCGGACCAGCGAGCUUACGAGACCUUGCGGCAAUUUGAACGUGGUAUAGAGCAGCUGAUGCCCGGCUUCCAACGAGCACUACUUCCGUUGCAAGACGAACAUAAUCCGCCGACCCAUGCCCAGAUUCAGGAGGCUUCCAAACUCCGGAAACGACUCAUGGACAGCUUCUCCAAGUACGACAUUGCCGCUAAACGAAUUCGUGAUAUGAAAACGACCAGUCCGACGCAGCAACACCUACAGAAGUCCAUUUACCAGGCAGCUAGCUCGUUUUUGCACAUGCAUAUGCUCCCCCUGAAGAACCUGCCGCGCCUCCUGAAACAUUCUAGCUCGUCUUCCUCCAGCUCUCGACGGCUGCUCUUGCCAAACGGACACGCACCAAGCCCAUUACGGGGCAGCACAGAUGGCUAUCUCGAGACAGCAAGUCAGACCAGCGAGACGAGCACCGUCGUUUCUGCGUUGGAGACCGAAGAGAAGGAACUACGUGAAAGGCUCAUUGUUCUGGAGGAGCAGAAGUACUUGGUGCAAAAAAUGAUCGCGAGCUCACAGGGUGCCAGAAGAUUCGAGGAAGUCAGUGCCUUGACGAGGAAUGUGGAUGAGCUAGAGAAGGAGAUAUCCGGUCUCAAAUCCAAGAUCGGCGGCGUGGAGGAGAGGUGGCAAGGGUUGUAUGCUAACGGUGGUCCCGGCUCAGCUUGA